AUGUCUCCUUACCCCAUCCCUGUUACUUCGGUGGGAUUCGAUUUCACGCCACUUUUUGAAGACACUAUACUCUCUUUGUUACCAUCAGCACUCCUCCUACUUGUUCUACCCUAUCGCCUAAGAAGCCUCCAUGGUCAGCGGCCAAAAGUGUCUGAUGGAGGGCUUUUGCGUGAGAGCAAAACAUUAUUCUUGGCUGUUUACGCGGCAAAUCACCUCGCGUUGUUGAUAUUGCGCAUUAUCAAAUCAUCUCUACGUACGAACGCCAGUAUCCCUGAGUCUACUCUGGCAUUCGUUGCCAGCAUAGGUCUCUGUCUACUUUCACGGAUAGAGCACAGUCGUUCUAUUCGCCCAUCUCCAAUUAUAAAUACCUACAUCCUCCUCACUCUGGUCUUUGACAUUGCUCGUUUGCGAACGCUAUUCCUCAAUCCAGUUAAUAUAGCUAUUCCUGCGACGUUUUCAAGCAUGAUUGGUAUAAAAGUCAUGGUUCUGCUUGUGGAAGCAGUCGAGAAGCGAAGGAUUCUCUUAGCACCAUAUAGUGGCCUAUCUCCGGAAGAAACAAGCGGCAUUUACGGACGAUCAUUGUUUUUCUGGCUCAAUCAACUCAUGGUAUCUGGUUAUCACAAAAUUCUUCAGAAUCACGAUCUGUUUCCAGUCGAUAGUGAUAUGUCAUCCCUGGUACUACACCAGCGCUUGAAAAAGACUUGGAAUACUGCAACAGAAUAUGGACGGAGAGCUCUUUUCUGGUCAGUGCUCCGCGCGAAUCUGAAGCCGUUUCUUUUCGGCGUGGUACCCCGCCUUUUCCAGAUUGGCUUCAAGUAUGCCCAGUCUCUCCUUCUUGAUCGGAUAAUCAGUUUUGCAAGCAAUGAGAAUGAACCAGACAGUAUCGGUUGGGGUCUCACUGGAGCCUUUCUGCUGGUUCUACUCGGUCUCGCAGUGUCUAAUGGCGUUUUCUAUCAUAUGGCAUUUCGCUUCGUGACAAUUGCUCGUGGUAGUUUGAUUAGUGUCAUCUAUGCCAAAACGGUCGACCUCAGCAUUACAUCGCUUGAUGAAUCAGUCGCAGUGACUUUGAUGUCUAGCGAUGUUCAAGCAAUUUGCAACGGUUUUCAACUAAUUCAUGAUCUCUGGGGAGUUCCGCUAGAACUUGGAAUUGUGAUCUAUCUCUUAUCUCGCCAGGAGGCGAAGCUUUUUCGCAGAUUGCUUGUAUUGCGUGUUUUUCUUGCUAACAGCCUCAGAUUUCUGGCGCCGCCCCUGACAUUUGCUAUCUACGCAAGGAUUGCCGAAAAAGGAUCUCUCAAUGUAAAUUCUACUUACACAACGCUGUCACUCAUAUCGCUUGCUGCCUCUCCUGUCAAUACCUUCAUUCGAGCCAUUCCUGCUAUGAACGCUGCUUUAGCAUCCUUUGACCGCAUUCAAGGAUUUCUCCAGGCGGAGAGCAGACAGGAUCAUCGUUUAUCUUCCGAUGAAUACCCAUCCUCGCAGGAAAGGGUUUUGCAAGGCCCGCGAGAUAUGGAACACAAAGAAUUUUCGGAUAUUGCUCUUUCCAGGCACGAAGCAGUAUCGGAAGUCAUUACAGCAAGAAACGUGAGCUUUGCAUGGACUCAUCAUUCAUCAUUUUCGGUACAUAAUAUCAAUUUGAAUGUGCGGAAAGGUCAGUUUUGUUUCAUCAUUGGGCCUGUUGGCUGUGGAAAAAGCACUCUCAUAAAGGGUAUGCUGGGUGAAACACCUUCGGCCGAAGGCUUCCUAUACACAAAAUGCCGUGAAACAGCAUUUGUGGAUCAAACACCUUGGAUCAGCAAUCAAUCGUUCCGGGAUAACAUUCUGGGAGCCUCAAAUUUCGAAGAGACAUGGUAUCAUGAGGUGGUCAACGCUUGUGGGUUAGAUCAAGAUGUCGCAAAUCUCCCUAACGGCCAUUCGACACAAGUCGGUUCUUCCGGAAUAUCUCUUUCAGGAGGACAGAAACAGCGUUUGGCACUGGCUCGUGCUAUUUACGCAACCAGAACUAUUGUUAUGCUUGAUGACUCUUUUUCAGGCCUUGACACUGACACCGAAGAGCAUGUGUUCAAAAAUCUAUUUGCAAGGAACGGAAUUUUUCGCCGGCAAGGCACAACUGUGAUUUUAGCUACGCACGCUGUACAUCGACUUCCUUACGCGGAUCAUAUCGUCGCCAUGAGGAUGGAUGGUACCAUUGCUGAGCAGGGCACCCUAAAAGAUCUCAAAGCUAACGGGGGCUACGUGGCUCUUUUGAGUUCAGAGACAGAAAGCAAAGCCAAUGAUUCUCUGGGUUCCAAAAGGCGAAAGAGCGCAGAAGUUGUACUCGCUGGCUCCGAGCAACAAACUUCCAUUCACGCCAUGGAAGAAGAAUUGACCCGGCAAAAUGGAGAUUUAACUCUAUACAUGUAUUACUUCGGGUCUGUACAUUGGCUUUCUACUGUCUUUUGGAUGACUUCAUUUAUCAUCGAAGGAAUAUCUCCAAAACUGAGUGAAUUUUGGGUCAAGAUAUGGAUGAGCUCACUGGAGAAUAAGGGCAGCGCUGCCACCUCCUUCUAUCUAGGUCUAUACGCCAUGCUGUCAACUAUCCCGGUCAUUGCACUUUUAGGUGGAGCCUACCAUUUAUUUAUGUCAUUUGCUCCCCGCAGUGCUGAAAGACUACACGAACGUCUCCUACAAUCGGUCAUGCAGGCCCCCCUGUCAUUCUUCACUUCGGUUGACACGGGUAUCACUAUGAACAGAUUCAGCCAGGAUAUGACUCUAAUCGACCAUGAUUUACCUUAUUCUGUCCUGGAUUUUGUGUUCUCCCUUGCGGGCGGAUUUAUGUCUGCCAUCAUGAUAUGUAUAUCGACUCGGUAUUUCGCCGCCGUGAUACCGCCUUUUUGCCUCUUCCUAUGGAUACUGCAAAAAUUCUAUUUAAGAACAUCACGCCAAAUGCGACUUCUCGACCUUGAAGCGAAAUCACCUUUAUUUUCUCAUUUUCUUGAGAGCUUGUCCGGCUUAGUAACAAUUCGUGCAUUUGGCUGGCAGUCCGUAUUCGAAGAACAGAACCUGGCUCUCCUCAACGCAUCACAGAAGCCCUUCUAUUUGCUCUUCUGUAUCCAGAGAUGGUUGGAGCUAGCUCUAGAUCUGUCUGUGGCCAUUCUUGGAUUUAUACUGAUGAUCCUUGUGGUUAGGUUGAGAACAACAGUUGGUACUGGAUUUGUCGGUCUGGCCAUUCUCAAUGUGAUCACUUUCAGCCAGUCGCUUUCGCAAAUCCUUCGAAAUUGGGCCGACCUUGAGACGUCCCUUGGGGCUAUUGCCCGAAUUAGAGACUUUAUAACCCAGAAUGUCUCUGAGAACAAACCUGGUGAGAACAAUGGUCUCGAAGCGACGGAUCUUGAUUUAUCCAAUUGGCCGUCUGAGGGUGCGAUCGAGUUCCGAAAUGUUUUUGCUACUUACAAGGAAGGUGAAGACACAUCGUACGUCCUGCGCAAUUUGAGCCUAUCGAUUCAACCUGGUCAAAAAAUUGGCAUUUGUGGUCGAAGUGGGAGUGGAAAAAGCUCACUUCUUUCUACUCUGUUUCGGCUACUUGAAAUUGAUUCGAAAAGUCAAAUUCUCAUUGACGGCGUGAACAUAGCCAGCAUUCCUCGGGAAACAACGCGUACAGCUCUCAAUGCAAUUCCGCAAGAGCCAUUUUUCACGCACGGUACUGUCCGUGCCAAUAUGGAUCCAUAUGGAACACAUAGCACUGAAGUGAUUGAGAGUGCUCUUCGUCGUGUUAAGCUAUGGCACGUCGUCGAGAUGAAGGGGGGAUUAAAUGCUGCACUAGAUGUCCACUUUUUCUCCCAUGGUCAAAGACAGCUGUUUUGUCUUGCCCGAGCCCUACUACGCAAAAGCAAGGUCAUCGUCCUUGAUGAAGUGACCAGCAAUGUGGACGUCGAUUCUGAUGCAUUGAUGCAGCGUGUGAUCCGCGAAGAAUUCUCCAACUGCACUAUUUUGGCUGUUGCUCAUCGGCUUGCGUCUAUCCUUGAUUUUGAUCGCAUUGCCGUGAUAAAGGGUGGCGAGCUUGUUGAAUUUGAUACACCGGAGUCGCUUCUCGGGAAGGAAAGUGCGUUCAAAGAACUAUACGAGGCGUGA